AUGAACAGAUUCCUGACAAGGACUGCGCCGAGAGUCGCAAAACGAAGCAACUCUACUCUCCGUUAUGAUGGUCGUGUAGCCGUUGUCACCGGCGCUGGAAACGGUCUUGGUCGAGAGUAUGCUUUAGCACUUGGUGCUCGAGGAGCAACUGUCGUCGUCAACGAUUUUGGCGGCGGAAUGCACGGCGAAGGAGCUUCUAGUGUCGCUGCUGAUGAAGUCGUUGCUCAGAUCAAAGCUGCGGGAGGAAAUGCGAUGGCGAACUAUGCAAACGUCUGCAAUACGGACGAAGUUUUGGGACCAGUCCUCGAGGAGUAUGGAAAGCUGGACAUUCUGAUCAACAACGCUGGAAUCUUGAGAGAUCGAUCCUUCUUGAGAAUUUCCGAUGACGACUGGCAAGCGAUCAUGGAUGUCCAUCUUACUGCUUCUUUCAAGCUCUCCCAAAAGGCCUUCGAAGUUAUGAAGGCGCAAAAGUAUGGACGUAUCAUCAACACCUCCUCAAGCUCUGGAAUCUAUGGAAACUUUGGGCAAGCAAAUUAUGCCGCGGCCAAGAUGGGUCUUGUUGGUCUAACCAACACCCUUGCAAUCGAAGGGCGAAAAAACAACGUCCUCUGCAACGCUGUCGCUCCUCAAGCUCUUUCCCGAAUGACUGAAAACAUCUUCCCAGCUGAUCUUCACGAAAUGCUCGGACCUCAGUUUGUCGCCCCUCUCACCCUCUACCUCUGCCACGAAGACUGCGACGAAACUGGUGGCGUCUUCGAGACCGGUGGUGGUUACUCUAGCAAGCUCCGAUUCCAGAGCACCAAGGGAGCUCUUUUCGCAACAAAAGCUGCCUAUCCUACUGUCGAGGACGUUGCAGCGAAAUUCGACGAAAUCUGCAAUUUCGAUGAUGAGCCAGAGGCUGUCGAGUCAAUUCAGGAAGCUACCAUGCGUAUCAUGAAUGCCAUUUCUGACAUGCCUGACGCUCCAGAAGCCGCAGGAGAUGAUCCAGAUGCUGAUAUCCAACCAAACAAGGCAAAAGCAUGGAAAUCAGAACCAGUUGACUGGGAAUACACCAACAAAGACGUAAUUCUGUACAACCUGGGUGUCGGUGCUGGACCAAUGAAGGAUAAUUGCGAGCUGCGAUUUAUCUACGAAAAUCAUGAUGAUUUCCAGCCUCUUCCUUCUUUCGCCAUCGUCCCUGCUUUCAAAGCCCUGACUGAGCUUGGCGAAACUCCUGGACUGAAAGUCAACCUUGCCAACAUUCUCCACGGCGAACAAUACAUCAAGCUUCACAAACCCUUCGACGCUGAUGGUGCCAAACUCACUACUACCGCGUCCGUUGGGGACGUAUUGGAUAAGGGAAAGCAUCUUGUUUUCUCAACUGAUUAUGAAUCCCGCGAUGAAGAUGGAGAGCUCGUCUGUACCAAUCAAUUUGUUACUUUUGUUCGUAACCAAGGAGGUUUUGGCGGAACCAACAAUCCAGAAAAUAUUGUCGAGCCAAUCGAUGCCCCUGAUCGAGAACCCGAUCAUACUUUUGAAGAAUUCGUUCCAGAAGGACAAGCCGCUUUGUACCGAUUGAGUGGUGAUCCCAAUCCUCUUCACUUGGAUCCUGACUUUGCUCAGAUGGCUGGCUUCAAGGUCCCCAUUCUUCACGGAAUGUGCACAUACGGAUACGCGGUCAGACAUAUUCAAAAUCAAUUCCCAGACACCCCCAUCUCAGCGAUUAAGGGACGCUUUUCAUCUCCAGUUCUUCCGGGCGAUACUCUCGUCACGAAAAUGUGGAAAGAUGGCGAAAAAGUUCUUUUCGAAGUCUGGAUCAAGGAAUCUAACAAGAAAGCGAUUUCAGGCGGCUUUGUUGAAUUCGGCUUCGAAGAGUCAGAAUCAUCCUCUGGAUCAUCUGCUUCUGCCACGGCGUUGCUUACUGACAAACUUUUCGCGGAGAUGAGCGAUAAGGUUGACGCCAGCGCGGUCAACAAAGUCAAGGGCAUUUUCAAAUUUGAAAUCUUGGAUGGUGGUAAACUGGCGAAAAGCUGGGUUGUUGACUUGAAAAAUGGGGAUGGAUCAGUCUCAGAAUCCGACGGCAAGGCCGAUUGCACCAUCAUUGUUUCUGAUUCUGACUUUGCCGAUAUCGCUGCCGGAAAGCUCGAUGCUCAGAAAGCCUUCUUCGGUGGUCAGAUGAAAAUCAAAGGAAACGUCAUGCUUAGCCAAAAACUUGGAACUCUUCUGAAAUAA